AUGUCUGGCGAGACGCCUGCCGAGAGGCCUGCCAAGCGAACCAACAGCCCCCCUGCCAGCGACCCCGGUCCCCUCCCAGUCAGCCCCCCUCUCCCCGAUCCUGCGUCCGGACCAAGAGCCAAGGAUGCAGCGGCAGACACGCCAGAAGCCCCAGAUUAUCUACCCGGCGAAACGCGAAUUCACACGUACCUUGCCGCACUCUCUCAGCGUGUGGUGUCCAAGUUCAUGGUCCCCACUUCGGACGAGCUCGCCAACUUUCGUUGGAAUGAAGCUCUUUUCAGUGGAAUGACCGAACCGCUUACUCAUAGCGUCCUGCUUUCUCACCGAAAGGAUAUCAGCAAUCUGACGCCUGGCUUCAAGUGGCUGGAUUGGGAAGACCUCAGUGUCAAGUCCCGGGCGUACAUUAGCAGCUGGGCCCCGGAUGCCAAGAUCUAUUUUAAUAGCCCUCGUCCUGCGCCGUUUGAUCCUUUCGCCGACCCUGUCCAGAAACCUGCGGGGAACCACGAUGAAUUGGCUGACGAUGACUUUCCCUCGUCUGUACAUUCAAUUCACCACGCCUGGGUGUCCCACAUAUUGUGGGACCACAUCUUCUCGCCAGAGGCUAGCCUCAACAAGUGGCACGGUCCUCACUGGGGAGCUUAUGGAAAGCUACGUCGAGAGAUCGAAGCGCAUCUGGAGACUGAGGACGACUGCUUUGUCCGCAGCUUCCACUUUUGGCGGUAUUCGACUGUUCAUAUGCUCUACAUGAUCCACGGGAUGCAUUCAGACUCGGCCAGGCUGGAAGCAAUCCUCAGAGAGGAGCUACAAGAGGUAAAAGGGGAAACCGAACAUGCUGCACAUAUGUUCGAGAAAAAUAUCGCCAAACUCGCCCGUGGGGCUAUUGUGCUGGAUUUGACGGCCGAAGCUCACCAGCGCAAGGUCGUGUUCGACAUGGACCACCCGGAUAAGCACGCUCAAUUCGGCUUUCGCUUUGACGCAGACCCCAAUUCCAUGUCACUUUUCCAGAGUUUGCAACUCAACGUCACGCCCGAGGACCUUGUGGACCGGCAGGUCCACUUCGUGACGGACAUGGGCGUGCGGAUCUAUGGCGAGGAGGUAAUUGGACAAUUACUGGCAUUCAACCGGAGCAGCAACUAUGAGUAUUUCACCCACAACUACACCAAGUUGUCUGCGCAUCGCCCGAUUAAGGUCUCCGUAGACAUGGACGGCCUAAGUCGCUACAAGCUUGGUCCCCGAGAUGAAGAGCAGCGAGGAGACCCAGAUGAGUGUGCGCAGGGAGGUGCCGACGCCGGAACUGAGCAUGAGCGUGUCGCAGAGGAUCAGGCCGUAGAGGCUCGGACGCCAGAGGAUCAGGCCGUAGAGGCUCGGACGCCAGAGGGCCAGACGCCAGAGGCUCGGUCGGAGGAGACUGAAGAGUAA